AUGUCGUCGCUGAGAACAUUUACCACGCUCAAGAAGAAAGAAAAAUCCAAAAAGAGUGUUCCAUACGCUCAUGAUCCAGAUCUCGCCUAUGAUCGUACUCGAAACAACCUUAUCGAGGGUCUCAAGAUCACCAAGGCCGUCAGCGAGGCUACCUCGUUUCUUGGACCAAUGAAGGCAGUUUGCGAACUUGGUAUUCUCUUUCUGGAAACAACAAAGGUCGUGGAUGAAAACACCUCGAGUCUCAGGGAACUUCACCAGAGACUAUCUGCUCACAUCGACAUAUUAGACGAUGACCUCGGGACUUUGCCUUUUGGUACACGAGGACCUGCAGCAAUUGCCGAAUUCCAACACGCGCAGCAGCGAUACGUGGCUGGCCUGAAAAUCAUCCGGGACAGGCUCAACGACAUGCUCCUCCAACGAGUCAGUGGCGGCGUGCGUAGCAUCCUCGGAAAAAUUGCAGAUGCGCGUAUUGAUCCGAGGAUCAUCGCUUCAAUUAAAGAAGAAAUCACCCAGUACUCGCAGAUCUUUGCUGAAGCGACGUCAAGGCCAAUGAUCGAUCUUCAAGAAGAAGUGUGGAAAUUGGCCAGUCUUGGGCCUGAGCAAGCCCGCCCGAUGGGGACUCAGCACAAGCUUUGCCUGCCCGGGACGAGGAUGUCAAUUCUCAAAGAAAUUCGCAACUGGGCCAGUGGGUUCGAUACUGAAAAACCGAUGUUUUGGCUUUGCGACGUCGGUGGUACGGGUAAAUCCACUGUCGCGUAUACGCUCUGUCAUGAAUGGGAUACUAAUGAUCAUGUCAUCGUCGCUCGUUUCUUCUUCUCGAAGAAUGCUCGGUCGACAUCGGAGACGGACAUUGUUUGCACCACGCUGGCCAAUGAUCUUGGGUCUAAGGACAACGCUAUUCGAAAGCACGUCCAGAGCGCAUUUGUAAAGGACAAGCAACUCGAUGCACGACCGUUAAGCUACCAGUUCUCGAAACUUGUCGAAGCAUCCAUACGGUUAACGUCCAAGCGCGUCGUUUUGGUCAUCGACGCGGUUGACGAGUGUAGAGCGGAUAUGAGACGUGAUCUACUCAAUCUCAUCGUGGAAAAACUCCCAACUCUUCCAAACGUCCGGAUCUUUCUUACCAGCCGCCCAGAGCCAGAUAUAAUGGCGUUACUUCAGGGAAAGGCUAUCGUUAGGAAUAUGCACUACGAGCUUCAGGGAAGCGAAAAUCCGUCAAACGUUGAUGAUAUCAAGCUCUACGUCGAGAAAUAUUUCACUGGACUCCUCACGCGCUCGGAGCGUCAACAACUCAUUGAUAAAGCGAACGGGCUUUUCAUAUGGGUUGCUACCGCCCGUCUAGAGCUUGAUCAGGCGGAUGGUCCGGAUGCUCGAGUCCGUACACUGACAAGUCUCAUUUCACGAGGAGAAGGCGGGGAUAUUAAUCAUCUCUAUGCUGGGAUUCUUCGUCGUCUCGCUCAAGAGACUUCUUUCAAUGAGGUAAAGAGGAUCAUCGGAACUAUCUCCAUCCUUUUCGAGCCAGUUUCUAUACAGGCGCUCUCCAAGCUCACUCGAAUGGACCUAGACGAUUUGGAGCCUAUGAUCAAAUCUAUGCACAGCGUCCUUCGCACGGAACAUGUCGUCGAGUUCCUUCAUCCGACGUUUCAUGAAUACCUUCACAGCGGCCGGAACACGGAGCUAAGAAUCGACGCAGACCUAUGCCACUUGGACGUGGCCAGAGGAACGCUACAAACUCUACAAGCUGACCUUCGACAAGAUGUCUGCAACAUAUCAGCCCCAUACCAACGCUAUCCAGAUAACAACACGAUCAUAGAUUUAGAUACCCGGUUGAAUGCCCUUUGGGCUCAUUCCCCGGCGCUACUCUACUCGGCGAAGUACUGGUCAGCGCAUGUGAUUCCAGUCAUAUCCCACCAAGACAUGCUCUCAGCGCUAGAGCUCUUCCUACACAACUCGGCACUUCACGUCAUCGAAUUACUCAGUUUAAUAGGGAAGCUGGUUUGGACCAAGAAUUUCGAAGACAUCCGCAAAAGCCUCCAGGGCAACAGCUCUCGUCAAGACGAGUACAGCCUCUGUCGCGAGGUUGUGUGGAGCAUGUCGACCUAUCAGCAUCUCAUUAAACGCAGUGCAUUGACAGACGAUAUACAGAUCUUGGAUAUCUGCUUCACAAAAGACUCUCCUCGCCUCCUCGCGGUGGGUUAUAAUCAGCUCAACAUCUACGAGUUCUCGGUCAAGUUACAGGCUGUGCGCCACGGAGCCGGUUGGUAA